AUGGCCAGACGAGGAGACCGCCUCGCCUACCGCGCGUGCGCCGUCGCCGUCUUGGCAGCUUUCGCGGCAGCAGCAGCAGUUGGCGCCCAGCCGCAUCCGCAACCAGAGGGUCCCGUCUGGUCGCAGAGCCCGCUGCAGCACCCCAACCUGCGGCUCCUGCCCACGGACACAUGUGGACAGGACUACUCUGACCGCAUCACCGCCGGCGUGGCUCCCAUCAACAAGUACCCGUGGACGGCGCUGCUCAUCUACUCCUCAGGUGGCAGUGACCUGGUUAUCCGGUGUGGCGGCUCGCUCAUCACCAAACGCUACGUGCUGACCGUCUCCCACUGCGUCAACGGCAGGAAGCUCGGCUCCGACAAGCUACUGAGUGUACGCCUGGGCGACUGGGACCAGCGCACAGACGUGGACUGCGACGGCGACUUCUGCGCGCCGCCGGCCGAGGACUACGGCAUCGAGGAGGUCAUCCCGCACCCGCACUACGAGCCGCUGUCCUCCAGAAACGCCUCCAACGACAUUGCGCUGCUCAGACUCGACCGCAACGUCCCCAAUUCUCCUUUCAUUAGAACAAUAUGCUUGCCGAUUACGCCUGAGAUGAGGCAAGCAACAUUCGUCGGGAAGAAUCUUGUUUUGGCUGGAUGGGGUAGAACCGAAAAAGGUGGUUCCACGCCAGUGAAGCUGUACAUAGAUGUGCCGGUGGUGGACGAGCAGACCUGCCAGCAGAGGUACUCGCGCUGGGACCGGCGCAUCGUGCCGUCGCAGAUCUGCGCCGGCGGCAGGGGCGGCGAUGACUCCUGCGCCAGCAACAGCGGCAGCGCGCUCAUGGCCUUAGAGGGCCAGCCCCCCAGGGCCUACCUCAUCGGAGUCGACUCGUACGGUCGCCGCGAUUGUGGCGUGGUGGGCCACCCUGACGUCUACACCCGUGUCUCCUCCUUCCUCACGUGGAUACUCGACACCAUUCGGCCAUAACGUCAUUUACUUGUCAUACACCAAACCACAUCCACAACACAUCAUUGUGGUCUAUCGCCAUAUGCACCAUUCGACUGGAUGCAUCCAGACGAAGUAC